GGUAGGGAGCGCCUUCCUCCCUCCCUCCUUCCUCCUCCUCCUCCUGCAUCUGCUGCUCCUGCUGUCCCAGGGAGGGAGGGAGGGGUGCGGCCCCCGCAGCCGCGGGUCCCCCCCAAGGAUCUCCCCAGGAAAUCUCCGCCCUCCCCGCGAAGUUAAAGGGAAGAGCCCGGGAUGGUUGAGAACUCUCCGGCCCCGCUGCCAGAAAGGGCAAUUUAUGGAUUUGCGCUUUUUUUGGGCUCGUGGUUUGGCUUCAUUUUGUACCUUAUCUGGGCUUAUGUUCCUGAGACUUGGCUCUUCUCCCUGGGACUGACAUACUGGCCUCAAAAAUACUGGGCAGUUGCUCUGCCAGUUUAUCUCCUGGUGGCUGUGGGAAUCGGCUAUAUUUUGCUUUUUGGGAUUAACAUGAUGAGCACAGCUCCACUCAACUCCACUCACACCAUCACAGAUAACUUUGCAAAAAAGCAGCAGCAGAAGAAAUUCCAGGAGGAGGCAAUUCCAGCCCUGAGAGAUAUUCCCAUCAGUGAAGUCAACAGGAUGUUCUUCCUCCCUGAAAAAGGCAUCUGCAACAGCAGAUAGCUGUUAUUAAAAUCUGUUUGGACAAAGGAUUAAUAAAACUUACACGGUUUUAUUAAUUAAAACCUCUCCAAGCUAAAAAUAAAAACUCUUUCAGAUUUUUCCCCUGAAUUUCUAAUUAAAUUUAUUAUUAUUAUUAUUAUUAUUAUUAAUAUUAUUAUUAUGCACCUUAAUGACCUGCAUUGCUCUGAGAAUUAUACCCCAAUAAUUUAUCUGGUUAUUCUUUAAAAAUUAAAAAAAGUGUUCUUUACUUGCAGCUUUCUGCUUGGAAUUCCCCUCUGAGAGGGAAAAAAAAAAGCAGUUUUUAGGCAGAGUUUAAUUCAAUUUCUCUUUGAAUUCAGGGAGAGAAGAUGUGCUGUGCCAGUCAAACACCUGAGGAUCUUUAUAAAUGAUGAACUGGAAGUGUUUGCAUUGUAAGGAUAUUAUUUGCCUUGGUAAAUAUUAAUAAAAUGUGGCUGAUUUUUCCAUCUUCA